ACUGCGACUGCGCGCUAGUGUUCCGCGGUCGCUGGAGACGCAACCGCGGUCGAACUGUUUCGUCGCUGACGGAGAUCGACCAUGAUCUACGCGGACGCGGUGGAACGCGGUGACGGCCAACAGCCGGCGGCGGACGAGCCGAGGCCUUUUCAGAUACGCGGGCACCUGGUGCACGGGAUACCGCAGGUCGGCGAUUCCAACUACGACCCGGCGUGUCCCACGUGCAACCCGUGUUCGAUCAACGACCUGGGCACGCCGACCACGAUCGUGGUGACGACGACUUCGACGCCGACGGUCAUGACCGCCGCGACUUCGGUACCGGAGGACCCUAUACCGGCGACCGCCGACUACAGCGGCAGCCCGCAACUCGAAAACAGCGUAUUACAGGACGUGCAGCAAAACGGGGGGAUGAUAACAUACAAUGAUGAUUACUCUGCUAGUGGAUUUAGGACCGGUAUUGCGGUCGUAUUCAUAGCGGGUGAGAUGGCCGGAAUCGGAAUGCUCGCCGCUCCAUGGGCAGUGGUUAACCUAGGAUGGAUGGGAUUCAUUUUGUUGGUUACAUUUGGAAUUGCAACGGCUUACAGCGCUUCUUGUCUCGGGACCUGCUGGCUGAUACUUGAGGAGAGAUACGCCCAAUACCGAGUUUAUCCUUUGCCUGACCCGUAUCCUACGAUUGCGUUGCACGCAGUCGGAAGACGAACUAGUUAUUUUACGAAAGCGUGUAUACACAUAACACUGUUCGGCUCCGCAACUGUAUAUUUAAUGCUAAUCGCCCAAUCUGCACAGAAGUUAUUUUCUGGCACACAUCCGGAAGUUGGCUUUUCGACGUGGCUAUUUGUAUUUUCAGUAGCCCUCAGUUCACUUAUGUUUUUGGAAUCACCAAAGGAUUAUUGUAUUGUGGCCGUUGGUGCUUUGCUCACGACGAUGACGUCUUGUUACUUCGUCCUAAUGCAAAUUUUGUUGGAUGAACGAAUAAAAGAAGGUUCAGCUACUGAACCGCAUAAAACUGCAUGUUCAGCCAACCAAUUUUUCUUGUCCUUUGGAUCAAUCUUAUUCUCUUAUGGUGGAGCGGCAUCAUUCCCAGUAAUACGAACACACACUAUGUUUAAACGAGACGAGUUUUCGCGAAGCGUAGUAACCUCAUUUAUCAUUUUGGCCAUUCUUUUUGGGUCGAUCGUUGUAGGAGGAUAUGUCGUGUAUGGUCAUACAAUUAAUCCAAACAUCCUCAUGUCCCUCGGUGACUCGUGGUUGUCAUACGCUGCGAUCAUUUUGAUGGCAGGACAUUUAAUUUUGGGAUUCGUCAUUAUCGUGAAACCAGUAUCUGAACAAGUGGAAUCGUUCUUCAAUACACCGCACUCGUUCGGUUUCUCACGAUUCGUAGUUCGCAUAGGCUUAUUACUUGCCAUGAUAGCUCUGGGUGAGAGCAUGCCAAACUUCACCAACUUAGUGGCUCUGAUGGGAUGUUCGACUGUUAUACUCGCUACGUUUGUACUACCGUCGAUAUUCUACUUGAGGCUAUGUUCCAUGCGAAGCACCACAUGGCCCGACAGGAGUCUAUCGUGGAAAUCAAAAAUUUAUAUGAAUAUGGUUAUUAUUAUUGGACUUACAAGUGGUAUUGCAGCUAUGUUAACAGCUCUUGCUGAAUUAAUCGACUUUCAAUCCUUAAUUCAUCCAUAUUAUGUAUACUAUAUUGACUAUGAUGAAAGUAUUUAUAGUUAAUAGAAAAAUGUAUAUAUAUUUAUAAUAAUAUUUUGUAUUAUAUACUAGGUUAAGUUGUCUUAAGUACUCAAAAUGUUUUCUUUAAAAUAUUUUUGGUUACCUAUAUUUAUUGUUGUAUAAAUGUGUUGUAUAAUUAACAAAGUUAAUAUAGUGUAACUGUAUAAGUAAAUUAAUUUAAAUGCAAAGACUUAUAAAAGAGUUUAUCAUGAAAAUUAUAAACAGUUUUAUACAUUUAUAUUAUAAUAAUUAUCCUUAUAAUUAUAUUUUAUACGUUUUAAAAAUUAGUUCAAUAUAAUUUAUUGUUAUAAGCCUAUUAUCUAAGUUGUUGAUGGCAGCUUCAAUAUCAUUACCAUCCACUUCAUUAUAAUAGUGAUUAGAGAGUCACCUUCAUAAUCAGUUUCAACUGACCAUCUUAAACUUAAUUUGUACCAAUUGGAUAAUUUUAAUGAUAUAAAUAUUAAGGUUUUGUCAUUAUCGUAUUGGGUUAUAGCGUUAUAAGUAUUUAAAAGAUAAUUUAUGUUGAAAUACUAAAGUGGCACCUAUAGUAUAAAUUAUAUUACUUAUAUUUACUGUCGCUUAUG